CUUCGCUUCAGUCUGUCUGAACGAGGAAAACGUCGCGUGUGCUGUUCUGCAGGCUGUCACAUGGGUCCGAGGAGGAAAACAAUCGCUUCCUGAAAUGAUUCUCACCUCAGCCGUCUCUCCCCUCUCCUCUCUGCCGUAACAUCGCAUCGUGCGUAAUCCUUUCUUUUCUUCUUUUGGGUCCGCGAGAAGAAGGAGGAAGAAGACGAAAUCGGUUUGGAUGAUGAUCAGCAAAGUUAAAAACGCCAUGUCCAACCUGGUGGGAGGGAUGAUGCCGCACGGACACCACCACAACCAUCACCCAGGUGGAGGAGGCCAGACGUGCGGCCAGGACGGUCUGCCGCCGCGCUUCCCCUACGGCCGCCCGGAUUUCUUGGACCUCACCCCGGAGCUCCUGCAGUACUCCACGGAGCACGCGUCACGGCCGGUGCUCACCCUGAAGAGGGACAGCAGGCUCCCCUGGAAGACCGGAUAUGCAGAGGUGAUCAAUGCGGGGAAGAGCAUGCUGAAUGAGGACCAGGCCUCGUGUGAGAAGCUGUUUGUGCGGAAGCCAAGCGGGAAACAUCGAAACUCCACUCUGCUGGAUGACAAGGGGGAUGGCACAGGAAUCCCUCUCCACUUCUGGGGCGUGUUUGAUGGACACGCAGGUUCUGGCGCUGCCAUCAUGGCCUCCAAGCUCCUUCACCGCCUCAUCAGAGAUGGACUUGGGGAGAUCUGCCACCUCCUGGAGAACCCCAGCAGCAAUCCUCCCAUCUGCUUGGCCAAGAACGGCAGCCCCUACCAGGCGGAGGCUAAGAAGGGAGCCACGCAGGAAGCAGAAGACCCUGAUGCCGUCUGCGACUCCUCGGUGCGCUUUCACAUGGAGAAGGUCAUCAGUCUGGAGAGCUUGGUGAUGGGUGUCAUAGAGACCGCCUUCAAACAGAUGGAUGAUUUAAUUGAGAAGGAGAAAACGUCGUAUGCCAUUUCGGGUGGCUGUUGUGCCUUAGCUGCUAUUAAUUUAAUGGGGAAACUGUAUGUAGCCAACGCUGGAGACAGCAGGGCCAUAAUCAUACGAAAUAAUGAAGUCAUUCCCAUGACUAAUGAAUUCACACCUGAGUCAGAGAGGCAGCGGUUACAGUAUCUGGGCUUCCUGAGGCCAGAACUCCUGGGAAAUGAGUUCACUCACAUUGAGUUUCCUCGUAGGAUCCAGCACAGUGAAUUAGGCAAGAAAAUGCUCUACAGAGACAGCACCAUGACUGGAUGGGCUUAUAAGACAAUCGUGGAGGACGAUCUGAAAUUCCCCCUCAUAUAUGGAGAGGGGAAAAAGGCUCGUGUAAUGGCAACCAUCGGGGUGACCCGAGGACUAGGAGAUCAUGACCUGAAGGUGUACAACUCCAACAUUUACAUCAAGCCCUUCCUGUCAUGCGUGCCUGAGGUAAAGGUUUAUAACCUGGAUGAAAAUAAACAUGGCCCAGACGAUGUCUUGGUCAUGGGCACAGAUGGACUGUGGGACGUAACAACGGACAGGGAGGUGGCAGACGCUGUGUCAGCCUACCUAACAAGCUGUGACCCAUCUGAUCCCAUGAGAUACACACUUGCUGCACAGGACCUGCUGAUGAGGUCACGAGGUGUGCUGAAAGAGCGCGGCUGGCGGCUACCCAAUGACAAACUGGGCUCGGGCGAUGACAUCACCGUAUUUGUCAUUCCUCUGGCAGGGCAAGAGUCAGAGACUUGAGGAAUUUUCUUCGUGCCACCAGCUUUGACAGAACUGACUCUUUCGGGUCCUUCCUGUGGCACCCCCAAGCUCCCUAAACCCCAGAAGGAUUAGGCGGUGGGAGAGCAAGAAAACAACAACACGGCUGUCUUUGAAAAGAUUUGGGUCUAAGCAGCACUUUAAUUGACUCUCUCUAUCAGACCCAUUUCUUUCAUUUCAGUUUGAUGAGUCUCCCAUCACCUUU